CAAUUGAUGGCUCUCACCCUUGGCUAUUGGAACAUCCGUGGUCUUGCCGAACAGAUCCGACUUGUUCUGGAGUACCUGGAGAUUCCUUACGAGCAGAAGAUAUACACUCGCGAAGAAUACCAAGAAUGGUUUGCGAAGGACAAACUUGAACUGGGAAUCGAUUUUCCUAAUUUGCCAUAUCUGAUUGACGGAGACUUCAAAACAUCACAAUCAUGUGCAAUUUUGAAAUACCUUGGCCGGAAACACGGAUUAUUUGGCGGAGGUUCGAACGAGUUAAUAACGAAACAAGAGGCAAUGUUGGACACUGUUCAUGAUAUGCGAAAUAGGUUCUCGAAGCUUUGUUACGGCGAUGAUUUCGAAGCGAAAACACCCGAAUAUUCGGAAUACUGUGUGAAAAUGCUCAAACAGUUCGAAAUGUGGUUUGCAAGCAAGAAAUAUUUGCUUGGUGACAAACUGUACGUUGGAGAUUUCUACAUGUACGAGGUGUUAGAUAUCAAUGAAGUCUUUGAUUCGAAAGUGUUGGAGCCGUUUUCGAAUGUAAGGAGGUUCAAAAAAGACAUCGCAUCUUUACCGCAGAUCGAAAAGUAUCUGAAAAGUGACAAAUUUAAGAAGUUUCCGAUUAAUGGACCAUCGGCUAAAUGGGGUGGAGGCAAAGAACAGUGAGUGCCGAACUAAAAACGACUGAUACAAUUUUGUAAAAUUGUAUAAAAAAUUACUUAAAUUACUCCGAUGCACGUGGGAAUUUUUCCAAUGACUGAAACCUGUUUGCUCAAUGAUGCAUAUCUUGACUUUGCAAUAUUAAGUAAAUUUAAAAUUUAAAUACUUAAAAACCUAGAUACUUAAUUUAAAAAUAUGUGGGUGUGUGA